UUUUGAAAAUGCCAGGAAAGAAACAAAGCAUAUGAAAUAUAGUUUUUUAAAAAUAACUGCUCUCAGAUUUGUGUCAUAUAAAAUGUAAAAACAAAUGAGCACGGUCUUUUCAGGUCACCUACAUUUCACAGGGCUCUCCAAAAAUGUUUGCACAUCUGUUAACCAUAAAUAAAAAUCCUUAAAAUAAACUUGUUUUUGCUGCAGUAGCAUCAUGUCAUACUGAAAAUGUAUAUUUAUUCAGUGGUGAUAAAAUACCUUGCUAAACAAUAACUCUUUUUAACAAAACUGGCAGUAGCACACUUACUUUCACCAAUGAUAGUGAGGUUGUUUCAGAUCAGUUUACUGUCUAUUGCAGUAAAUUGGUAACAGUCAAAUGUGCAAGAUGUUGCCUUAAUUAAGAAAAACAUUUCUCGGUAGUGAAUAAUGCCAGUGUUUGUUGAGAUUUGCAAUUUGAUGAAAAACUUGCUUUGCUUUUCUCCUUAUCUGUACACACAAAAAAACCUGCUCAAUCUUUUAUUUUUAGGGUGGAUUGAGUGAAAGCUUCACUACACAGUUUUCCCUUAGAAAAUUUCACGUACUUCUGAAGCUCAGCAAACCAAAUUUAUUCAGAAUAAAGAAAGGGUCGGAGGUUAAGCUUCUCUGCAUGGCAGGCGGAUUAUCUUCUUAUGUUUUGAGCAAUUACUCAAAUGAAACACCAGGCAUAUUCGUUGGUGUGACCUUAUCAGAAAAGUCACCUCUGAAUCUGACAUUUCUACCAUCUUUGUCAACUUCACAGAAACACUAAAGUGCCCUGCAAAAGUAUUCAUACCCAGCAGAUAUGUUUACGUUAUCCACACCACUCGGUGUGUUUUAUUAGCAUUUGAUGUCAUAGAUCAUCAGAACGUAGCAUAUGAUUGUGAUGUUGGGCAAAAAUGAUGCAUUUUCUUUUCUCUACUACCCUAGACUAAAAUUCAGGGUAAUAAAUUGAUCUCACAAGUCAUACAUUAAGUAAAUGAAAUAAACACAAUUUCCAUAGUAAAACAUAGUGGUGGCAAUACUAUACUGCAGAGUACCAAAGUAGUUGUCGUAGUGCUAGAUCUACAAUGGACUGGGUUAGAACAAAGCAUAUUCAUGUGCUAAUAUGGCUCAAUUAGCCCAAUACAUCUGGGAAUUAGUGGCAAAUUUAAAGUUCAUGCUCGCAGAUGCUCUACAUCCAAUCUGAAUUAACUUGAUUUGGUUGGUAAAGAAAAUUUUACAUAUAUUUUAGUCUCUAGCAGAAAAAGGUGUUGACUCAGAGGGUUGAGGUGCAUGCCACACUUUGUAGAUUUUUAUUUGUAAAGUAUCCUACAAAGCAAGCAUUUUGCUCCACUUGACACUUACUUUUUUUACAUAGGUGUACAAAUAUGAAAUGUGUUUAUGUUUGUGGUGACAGGUAAAGUUUGAGGGGUUUGAAUUACUUAUUAUUCUGGAGUGGGUUUGAUAAAUUGAGGACAAAACUGCACAGAUGGUCUUCAAGGACCUCUCCACCUAAGCUCGUUUUCCCCAAUCCUAUAAAAGCUGGCGUGAGCUGAUAAAAGGGCUAAUAUGGAGCAACAGUUCCAUUGGCUCUGACAGCAGACUGAGAUGAAUCGCUUUUUCUAUCAGGAAUUAGGGUUUUAUACCGCCAGGAAGUUUCUAAAAGCAGGUCAGCGUCAUUAAGCGGACGGCGUGUGUUGCGCUCGUCUCUGCUGUCCCUGCGCACUGGAGACUCUCCCCACACCAUUCCCCAGUGUUUUGGUGCUCAGUGCUCACACCUGAAGUGACAGAGCCGAGCUCAGAGCGCACAGAGCUGGGUCUGGAGAGCCAGACAGAGGAAAAAGAUAUAUGCAGGGAGGAAGGAUGCGCGCAUAUGGCGAGAGUUGGAUGGGUUCGUUGUGAAUGAAUUUCUCCUCUGGGAGCUGCGUUUAUUUAAAAAGAAAUCACAAGCGUCUGGCGUUGCUGCGCGCUGCCCUUCCUGCCUGCCGUCCGAGGUUCUUCGAAGCACCAUGCGAGCCGGAGAGACGCGCCUUGUGCCAUGUUGAACAGCUCCCCGACCCUCCUGCUGGCUCUGACCGCGGUGGCCGCACUUCUCUCGCCAUGCCGAGGCUGGAGCGACGAGGACCUCCUCCUGCCGCCCAUCAACUCCUCCAACAGGUUCCUGGCCAACCUGGAGGUGGACGUGCGCUUCUCCAAGAGGUCCGUGGAGGAAAGCGACGCCUCGCCCGAAGCAUCCCCGCUGCAGAGCCUCGCUCCCGCGCAGUCCCAGUGCAACGUGACGGUCCACAGGCUGCUGCCCACCUCGCUGGUGGCCCACUGGGACAGCAGCUUCGGCUUCCAGUGUGACGUGCUCGUCUACACCACCAACAACCACGGCAGGGCGUUCUUCUCCGCCUCCUUCAACCGGGCCAUCUCACCCGUGGUGAUCGAGCACCUCGGGGUCACCGGGGGUCAGCAGGAGAUGAGGCUGUGCGUGGGUUGCGGGAUGUCCCGGUACCGCCGGUUCGGCCAGGGCAGGUCGAGGGGACAGCAGAGCGGGGACCAGGUGGCUUUCUGCUGCGUGGAUUUCAGCCUGGACGAGCUGAAGGGGGACAAAACUUGGAGGCUGAACAGGAAGCCCAUCGAGUCGACACUUGUGGCUUGUUUCAUGACUCUGGUCAUCAUUGUGUGGAGUGUUGCUGCGCUCAUAUGGCCGGUACCGAUCAUUGCAGGAUUUCUGCCUAACGGUAUGGAGCAGAGGAGACCCAGAUAACUGAAAAACCCCACGACACUAAAGGGCUAUUCUGCUGCAUUUAACGACCCCUGCCGUCAUAAAUCUGAAUAAUAAGGAUGGUCAAACUUCACCAAGAUUAUUUUAGACUUAUUUCAGUCUAUCAAAUACAAGUUGGGAUUUGUGAAACCUUUGUGAAAUGUCAUGAAUGAGCGAUUUUAAGGCUUAUUUGACACGAGAACGCCUCACAAAAUCACACGACCAAGACAAUUAUUCUAGCUUUACGAAGCCUGUAUUUAAUACAUAAAAACAUUAAAUACAGAUUAUGUAAAAUCUGAUUGGUUGAUUCAGUUUCUAAAAAGUAAAUAAAAUAAACUAUUUUGAGGUUUGUUUUGACAUCACUAAUUUUCAAACUGGAUCACGUUUGAUAAAUUAUGCCACAUAGACAGCUCAAACCAGGACAUAACUAUUGUAAGACACAUUUUAUAAAAUAUAAGCUGUGGUUUUUGCAGUCCUAGUUGUUUGUCUCUAAAAAAUAGAGACAUUUCAGGAUUCUCCAUUUGCUCAGAGACCGUCUAAUCUGGGCUCCAGCUUGAAGAUUACAGAACCUGGACAAAUAAGUUCUAUACAGAACAAUCCUGCACUGCGGAAAGACAGUGUAGCAUUGGAGGAUUUUCUGAAACUCGGCUUCAGAAAAUGUAGAAGAUAUAGAGCUGUUGUAAGGCUUUGUUUUAUUUUUGUUUGUUUUUUUUAUUUAUUUUGCUUGAGACCACUUUACAGGACUUCCUGCCUGACAUUCUAUAGAACAAAUUUACUUUAAGGGACGCACUAUGUGUAAUUUCUGAUUCAAAUUUGCUAAGACUCCAAAAAGAGUCAAUUGAAGGCUUUUUUUCCCAUAAGACCAACUUAUUUAGUGGAAAAGUAUACCACUUAAACAGCUCACAUCUGAACAAAAUACGUUUUAAUAUUUGAGCCCAAUUAUAAAAAUAACUUUUAAAAAACUUGAUUUUAAAGCUUCAUUUUGGCCCAUGCACCUUAAAUGAGGCUCAUUAUGAAAUGAAACAACUAAAACCUAGAAUUAUUGUACACUGACGACAGACGAGUCCAGGCUUGCCCUGUCUGUGUGAUCCAGUUUACAAGUUGGAGCUCCUGUAAAUUAUUUUUGGGUCAUAAAAAAUGAGGUUUCAUGUUCCAAAGAUCACAACAUAUUAUGUUUUCUAGAUUCUAUCUUUAGAGCAGCAUAGCUGUGUUCAUGUUCAACUGUUAAUCAUAAGGCUGGAUCUAUAAUGUAAGAUGCUACAAACUUCUUCUUCUGUAAAAGGUUUGAAGAAAGGUUUCACUGAUAACAAAGCUUCUGUCCUUUAGUGCAGAAUAAAGCUGUAAAUGUUUGAACACUCUUGGUGGUGUAAUUUUCUAGCUGUACCCCACAUAAGGUGUCCUACGGUGGAAAAAAAGGUACAUUUGAGAUUCUUCACAAAUUGUAUUUAACUGAUGCAAAACAAUCCAGUUCAAAUGUGACCAGUAUUAAGUUUUUUAAAUUUCCAACCAGCGUAGAUCAAAGGCAGUGAUGACUUGUUAAAUGCAGUAAAAUAGCCCAGCCAAGUGCAGUCGGACGCUGACUUCAGUGUGUUGAAAAAACAAACUUUAAUAUAUGAAUAUAGCCUGUGCUGCCUAUACUAUAACUGUAGCCAUUCAGUAAAUGAAUGUGGAGACCCUCAGAAGUUUGGGUUGAUCUUUAGACUCCUCUUCUUUAGGACAAACCAAGGUAAAGUCUAAUUAUAAUAGCCAAUGGUAAUAUAUACUGGGACCAACACCAAUGUGUUUUGUACACCCUUAUAAGCCUUCCUAGAUAAUGUCAGCGUAAACUGUGCCAACUUCUAUCUUUAAACGGUGUUUGUAUAGUUUUUAAUCUUUUUAGACUGUUUUUGCCUUAUAAUACCAAGUUUAGGACUUUUGCACAGAAAACUGAACAUUAAAGUGUGCUGUCACUGUGGACUACUUAACCUAUUAUCAAGCUCUGUAACUUUUAUUUCUUAUUUAAUAAAACCAUGACAAAUACUGUACAUGUUGGUUAUAAGAAAGGUUUUAAUUAUCAUAGUGUUAUAUUUCUAAAAGUCUAAUAUAGCUGUUUAUUUGCAUUAAUGUUUCAAACUUUUAAUGAAAUAAAUAUUUAAAUCCUUUAGCCUGC